AUGGCUCGUCGUGGCAUUCGGACAGGGAUCCUGGACACAGACAUUUUCGGCCCUUCCAUUCCCACGUUGAUGAACCUGUCUGGUGAGCCUCGAUUAGAUGAGAACAACUGCCUCAUCCCUCUGACUAACUAUGGCCUCAAAUCCAUGUCAAUGGGCUACCUUCUCCCUCACACGGCAGAUAACAACCCGUCCACGGAUCCGUCCGCUCCUCCUCCGAUGGAUACCACACCGAUCAGCUGGCGCGGGCUGAUGGUCACCAAGGCGAUGCAUCAGCUCCUGCACUCCGUGUCCUGGGGCCCGCUGGACGUGUUGAUCAUGGACUUGCCCCCGGGCACGGGGGACGUCCAGCUGACAAUCAACCAGGAGAUAGUGGUCGACGGGGCGGUGAUCGUGUCGACGCCGCAGGACAUCGCCCUGCGCGACGCCGUCCGCGGCUUCGGGUUGUUCCAGAAGAUGGACAUCCCCGUGCUGGGCAUGGUGCGGAACAUGGCCUUCUUCGCGUGCCCGCACUGCGGCAACGAGACGAAGAUCUUCUCCCACGGCCACGACGACUCGCCGGACGGGGGUGUCGUCGCGCAGUGCAAGCGUCUGGGCAUAGAGUUCCUGGGCGACAUCCCGCUCGACGCGCGGGUGUGCGAGGAUGCAGACCGUGGCGUGCCCACGGUCGUAGCCGAGGAGACAGACGACCGCAGCGCCAGACGGAACGCAUUUCUUCACAUAGCAGAGAAGAUCGCUCGUAAAGUUGGUCUGGAGUGGCGAUAG